CCAUGAUUUCAUUGUCGUCUAGUCCGGUUAGGAUACCUGGCUUUCACCCAGGCGACCCGGGUUCAAGGCCCGGCAAUGGAAGCGAAAUUAUUAUUAUUACUAUUAUUAUUUUUUUUUUUGUGAAAAGAAAUAAAUUUCCCUCUCACGCCACUUCUCGACUUUCGAGGGCAUACGCAGAGGCAGAGUCCUCACUGAAAGAGCACCAUCCAUCGAUACUUAGAAGGGAAAAGAGAAUAGGUUUAGUUUUUUCCUUUUUGCUGUCCAGAUCUGAUGCAUCCAUUGCCCACCUAAUUAGCUCCUUUAACUCGUCUCUGAACAUUUCUCCAUAUGUUUACCAUUUUGACCCCAUUGUAAUUACUGAAGGAAGUUCCUCUUGAUUGAUUGGCAAUCUUUCCUGGAAAAUUUUGAAAAAAUGAAGAGAGAACCACCUAAGUUCCCAUGCUUAGAGACAGAGCUAGACAGAAUCAGCAGCUUACCUGGGCAUGUUUUAGACCAAAUUUUAUCACAGUUGUCAAUUAGAGAUGCAGUGAGAACAAGUGCUUUGUCAAGGAAGUGGAGGUACAAAUGGGCUAAAAUUCCACAUCUUGUGUUUGAUAAUAAAUGUGUCUCGAUCCCGUCUCAAGAUCAAACUCUCAUCAAGGAUAAACUUGUCAACAUAAUUGAUCAUGUCCUGUUACUUCACAAUGGACCAAUACAGAAAUUCAAACUUUCUCACCGAGAUCUACUGGGUGUCAGUGACAUUGAUCGAUGGAUUCUUCAUUUGUCAAGAAGUUCUAUCAAAGAAUUUAUACUUGAAAUAUGGAAGGGGCAGCGGUAUAAAGUGCCUUCUUCUUUAUUCUCUUUUGAGCAUUUGAUUCAUUUGGAGCUAUUUAACUGUUUGCUGCAACCUCCUUUAACAUUCAAAGGCUUCCGAAGUUUGAAGAGCCUUGAUCUUCAGCACAUUACUCUGACCCAGAAUGUGUUUGAAAAUUUAAUAUUCAGCUGCCCUCUGCUGGAGAGGUUGACUUUGAUGAACUUUGACGGUUUCACUCAUCUUAAUAUCAAUGCUCCAAAUCUCCAAUUUUUUGACAUUGGAGGUGUUUAUGAUGAUGUUACUUUUGAAAAUACUUUUCAGUUAACUCUAGUUUCUAUUGGCUUGUACGUGAAUGUCCAAAAUGACCGAAAUGUCGGUCAUGGGAGCUCUAGUAAAUUGCUCAGGUUCUUUGCUAAUCUGCCUCACAUUCGAAGGCUUGAGGUACAGAGCUACUUUCUGAAGUAUUUGUCUAUUGGCAAUGUGCCAAGCAGAUUGCCAAAACCAUGCUUUGAUCUAAAUUACCUUUCUAUACGAAUAAAUUUCAAUGAUUUGGAGGAGAAUUCAGCUGCUUUGUGUCUUUUAAGAAGCUCUCCGAAUGUGCAAGAACUGGAGAUGCUGGCUCGCCCGGAGGAGCAGACUUCUCUGGGGACAAUAACUAACUUCUGGGAAGAUGACCAUUGGAACAAUCUAUUUGGCCAACUAAGACUUGUGAGAAUUGUUGGGAUCAGUGGUAUAAGGUGUGAACUUGAUUUCAUGAACUUUCUGCUUUCAAACUCUCCUGUGCUUGAGAGAAUGACUGUGAAGCCAGCUUCUAGUGAUGGAGGAUGGGAGUUGAUAAAAGAGUUGCUGCGAUUCCGGCGAGCCUCAGCGCGAGCAGAAAUCAUUUAUCUUGAUCCAUAAGUAUGCUUGGUAUGGUUGCAGCAUUAAAAAGAAAUAUGUAAAGAACAUGUGAACUUCCGAUGUGGAUAUAAUAUGCAUUUGUGUUAUUUUUGGUUAAUUAGGCAUUGCAUAGUUAAUUAUCUCAAGUAUAUGACUAAAAAUGAUGGCGAUUAGUACUUUUAGCUGAAAUCAUUUGCUUAGAUGCAGAGUGGGGUGUAUGAUUGAA